AUGGAUUUGCCAAACCGGUUAGAGGAAUUUUUAAACAUCAUAGAAGUAUUGUUUGGAAAAAGUGUUUACGAUAUGAAACACAUGAUGAAGUUCUGCGACUCUUCGUAUGGUGGUCUCAAGCAAGUAGCUACUAUCCUUAAUGUAAAUCGGGCUGUUGCAAAGUCACAUAAAGCUGCACCGGAUAGUUUGUUGACGUGGCAUGCAUUCUUCAACAUUAUGAAGAAUUAUUUUAAGGAUCAUGAAGGUCACAAGCAUGCCAGAGUACUGUUUGGAUUAGAAAUUGCAGCUUAA